AUGAACAAAUUAUAGGAAUUGAAUACUUUUGAUAAUAGUAAGAAAUUUAAAAUCAAAACUGAUCGUAGUACUUAAAUAACAUCACCCAAAAAUAAGGAAAUAGAUGCAUCAGAAGAUUUAGUUAAGAAAUUAACUGAUAAUUAUAAGAUGUAAUAAAAAGAGAUAGAUAAAUUAUUAAUGACUAUUGAUAACAAAGAAGAUCAAAUUAGAAAAUGUUAAGACUUGAUCAAAUUGUAAUAAAAAGAAAUUGAUCGUUUGACUCAUAUUAAUGAAUAUUUAAUGCAAGCUAAUUAAACUAAAUUAAGCAUAUUAAGAGAUGAAAGAUAAUUCAAUCAAGGAAGUAAGUCAAACUUAAAAAUUAAGAAUCUUAAAUCAUUAUUACCAAUUGAAAAAAAGAACAAUAAAAUAACAGAAGAAGGCACUACUCAAUCUAUUAAACUUUUCAGAAGACAAACGUUUCGAAAUCCAACUUUAGUCAGAUUUCAUUAAGAUGAUGGAGAACUCUUUAAAAAUGAUAGGAAUACAUCUGGAUCAUCUAAUUUUUAUGAUAUGUUAUAAUAAGAGGAUUGUUUCAGAACCAAUGCUAUUUUGAAUAUCUAAUUAUGUAAUUGAAAAUUAUAAGACUUUAGCUGAUGAAGAUGCAACUACUUAAUAUAAUAGAGAUGGAACAGUCUCAUUAAUGAAAGUGCUUUUAGAAUCUGAAGAAAACUUUUGUGACAUAAUCUAAUCAAUUUCAGCAUAAAAAUUAUCAUUUUUAUAUGAUAAAUUUAAAAGAAUAAUGUCAGAUCAUUAAUAAUUAUUUAUCUUAGUCUUAAGACUAAAAAAAAUAGUUACAGGUGCUUUGCAAAUGAAUUCAUCAGUUCUAUUAGAUGAUGCUUUGUAAACAAUUAUUGAUAAAUGUAUUGAUUGUUUAGAAUGUGAUAGAGCAUCUUGUUUUAUAGUUGAUUAAGCAAAAAAGGAACUUUGGACCAGAGUUGCUAAAGGCACAUAAACAACCAUAAGACUAUAAAUUGGAUAAGGAUUAGCAGGAUUUGUAGCUUAAAAUAGAAUAAUUUUGAAUAUUGAAGAUGCAUAUAGAGAUUAGAGAUUCAAUACUUAAUAAGAUGUCAAAAAUAAUUAUAAAACAAAGACAUUAUUAAUAUCUCCCAUUUUAGAUGGAGAUAAAUGUAUGGGAGUUUUAUAAUGUGUAAAUAAAUAAAAUGGAUAUUUUACUAAGGAUGAUGAAGCACUAUUAUCAAUUAUGGGAGAAUUCAGUAAAAGUGUCUUAAAAAAUGCAAUGAAUCAUGAUGCUUAAAUGCUAAUCUAAAAUAAAUUAAGACACAUUAUUAAAACAGGAAUUAUGCUUUAAAGUAAGUAAGAUAAUCUUAUCGAUUUAAUUCUGUCUGCAGAGGAUAGAUUAAGAUCAUUGAUGAAUGUAGAUUAGGCCAAAGUUGUUUAUUAUAAUUAGGUUCUUUCUCAUAUCAAUAGAGAUGGCAAACUUUGUUAAACUGAAACUUUAUUGGGCUUAAUGGGAACAUGCAUUAAGGAUCAGCAAUUGGUAGCUGUUAGCAAUUGUUAUACAAGUCCCAUUUUUAAUCCAAAUAUUGAUAUUGAAACAAAUAUGCCUAUUAUUUGUAUGCCUCUGAAAUCACAAAAUCAUCAAAUUAUUGGGGCCAUUUAAGUAAUUAAUGUCAAGGGUAUUGGUAACAUUUCUUCAAACAGCGAGGCGAAGAUACAUUCUAUCGAUUUAGAUAUGCUGGAACUGUUUUGUUAGCAAUGUGCAUAAAGUUUGUAAUAUUGCAAACAAUCAAUCUUAUGA